AUGAAUUAAAUUAAAUAAUAAUAGCACUUCUUGAACAUCUUAAAAUAAUAUCAGGAAAGAUUGGUUGAAUUGACUAAUAAAAAUGAAAACAAAACUCUUAUGAUUAUAGAAUUGUUGAAUAAGGAAGAAUAAUUGCAAUAGCAAAUAUAAUAGAUGCAGAUAACUAUAGAUAAACUGACAGAAGAAAAUAAUCAAUUAAGGGCAGAUAUUUUGCCUUAUGGGUCUAUCAGCGAGGUUAAAUAAUUAGUGGAAUAAUUUAAAUAAAUACAUGCUGAAUUGUCUCAGUGA